CUCGUGUUUGCUGUUGCUGGGUUUGUCCGUGCUAUUGAGGGCUGGGACCAAAGGGGGCUGACAAGUUUUCUCGCCUGGUCUCGUCUUUUCUUUGACAAUGAGCGACAACAACAACCGGCCCCCUCCUUUCUCUUAUGCCUCAUUCACCUCGUCUUCUUCCUCGGACCUGCCGGGUAAUGAUCCCAAGUACCAUUCCUGGCCGGCCCCCCAGUAUCCGCACCAGUCUUCCUUUGGCCCUCCUCCUGCCUCUUACGAGCCCGUCCCGUCCAGUCAUGCUGAGAACCCCGCUGCUGGCAGCUCCCGGAGCGCCCCUGGGGACCGCACUGCGAAUUCCAAGGUGGCCAUCCCCCGGACCGUGAGUACCAGCACCUGGACCAGCAGUGGACGGGUCAGCCGGGCCUGUGAGAACUGUCGGGACCAGAAGGCCAAAUGCAGCGGCCACCGCCCAACCUGCCAGCGGUGCCAGGAGUCGGGAAUCCGCUGCUCGUAUGGGGACCGGAAGCGAGAAAAGAUGGCCAAGCAGCUCAGUGAUUUGACGACCCAGGUCCAGGUAUAUGAAACCCUUUUGCGAGAGCUUUCCCCCAAGCUGGAUUCUCAGACGGCACAGUACGUCGACCAGAUUUUGAACGAUCAAAGGGACGAUAAUGAACAGCUCGCUGGUCUCCAUGCGUCGGCGUCCUUAUCGGCCUCCAAAGCAGCCGAUAUGGCCCUGCUGUCGAAUGCUUCCCCGGGUUCUUCACUGGCAGCCCUGGACUAUACCAACGAGGAUUUUAACCGGGACGAAAAGAUACAAGCCAUGGGCUUCGUCGGUGAACAUUCCGAGAUCGCAUGGAUGUACCGGUUGAAGCGCCUUCUGGAACGGUCCAACUCCGUCUCCCCCCGAGAAACGUGGGAUCGUCAAUCGGUCUCCUCCGUAAAUUUCUUCCUGGACGACUCGGAUAUCCCGGUUAUUGAUGAUGUCGACCCAUCUCAACGGCCGCCGGUCACCGUUGCUGACCAGCUGGUCGAUAGCUAUUUCUACGCCGUACAUCCAACUUUUCCGAUUGUGGGCAAGAUGAUCUUUCUGGCACAGUACAAGUCCUUCUAUUCGGCACCCUACGUACGGCCGGGAAAACGAUGGCUUGCGAUCCUCAACCUAAUAUUCGCCGUCGCGGCACGACACGUCCGCCAUUUUUAUAACGAGGCCGAAAAUGGGCUGGAUGACAGCCUGGUCUACUUCUCGCGGGCCUGGAAGUUGAGCAUGAGUGACACAGCGCUGCUCGAGCACCCGAAUCUGCAGCAAGUCCAAGUGGAAGGACUGACUUCGUUCUAUCUCAUGACGAUAGGACAAGUAAACAGGUCCUGGAGAAUUUGUGGAAUCUCGAUCCGCUCCGCUGUUACCAUGGGGCUGAAUCUACGAAGCGAAAGCAAUUCGAUUGUCCAUGUCUCCAAGGAGACCCGGUAUCGGGUCUGGUGGUCACUUUAUAUGCUGGACAACUCUCUCUGCGUGAUGACGGGCCGACCACCGAGCACUAGUGACGAUUUCUUCACCACCCCGCUGCCUGUGCCAUUUCGCGAGGAGGAGUUCAUGGAUAACAAGGUAGUUCAACUCAUUGCUGACCACGACGCGCGGAACAUCUUCAUGGAGACCUUUUGUCUCCGAGGCCCUGGGAAAGCGGUGGACAGUGGCGGAACGCCCGAUUCCUUCCGCUUACCGAUGCCGACGGGGGGCAAACAGAGUGAGCAGAUUGUGGCCGGCGCCAUCGAAGCGCUCACACCCAACACCUCGCUCUACUUCCUCUACCAUAUUGACCUAGCACUGGUCAUGCGCGAGUCGGUUGACCUGUUGUAUGCGCCAGGAGCCGUUCGGAAAUCGUGGCGGGAGAUUGAAGUGAACAUCUCCAUGCUGCAUGGUAAGGCAGAAGCGUGGCUUUCCCGGCUCCCCCCUGCGUUUCACUUCACCCAAGGCGCGCCGUCCUUCGAAAGGCAAAGGGUGAGCCUCGCCUUUCGCUUCUUCAGCACCAAGUUGCUCAUCACGCAGCCUUGCCUAAGCCGUCUCGCCCAGCAAAAUUACGGCAAUGACCCACCAGGCCGUUUCUGUGAGACCAUGGCGGGGGUGUGUGUUGAGCAUGCAAGUCAGAUGCUCGACCUACUGCCUGACCCCCCUGACCUCCCUUGGGUCUACCGGAUCUCGCCCUGGUGGUGCAUCCUACACUAUCUCAUGCAGUCGACCACGGUUCUCAUCAUCGAGUUGUUGCUUAUGGUCAAACCCGGGACUGCCAAGUUCCGAAAAGUGGCCGGGCAGGUUUCCAAGGCGACCUGCUGGUUGGCGGAGAUGUCGACGAAAGACCCAUCUUGCCAACGGGCCUGGCUGGUGUGUAAGGAUCUUAUCUCCGAGCACGCCCCCGAACUUGGUUCUAUCGCAGGCCCCGCCAACCGCGGCAAAACCUGACUGCUCGAAGGGUGUGAACGGUGACCUGGAAACAUGCCCUGAUCUCCCAUCAACCUUGCAUUUCCGGAAUAAGACCGAGCAUCCACCGAGGACCCCUGUCCAGAGAUGGCUUGUGCUAACCCCUUGUAGUGGUCGCCUUCCCCCCGGCCGUGACCACUAAGACUGUCCUGCCCAGAUGUACUUGGGAUGAGGGAAUUUGGAAUCUUUUCCCUGCCCCGUCUAUUAUUGUCAUUUGGCCGCAUUGGUACUGGAGUAGGUCUCAUUCACAUUUCCACUUUCUGUUUCUAUUCCUGCCCCAUGGCCCCUCUUCAGGUUGGAUGAGGCUUCAUGAUUUUCAAUAGAUGUAGACGUCACCGACUCUUUGCCCCGUGAAAUUCGGGAGUGGAUCUACAUAGCGCGCGUGCGCGCCUUGUCUUAAGUCGCAACCCGUCAGGGCGUCCUUCCCCGAAUGGGUCUUUGCCUUUUUUGCAGC